AUGCAAAGGCUCCAAGAGAGAUGUCAGUUGAAAACGCUGGUACAGGCACAACUCAACAACAGCGAACACUUUGCCGAAACCGAUGACUUUUAUCAAGGCGUCAGUUUCUCUCCCGAUGCCUUGUGCCUCUUGACGUGCUGUCGACAAAAUGGGAUACUAUUGUUCAAUACCUGCCUUUCGUCUGACAACGACAAUGACAAGAAUUGGAAACCAGCGUUGGAAUACAAAACGGGAGAUGCCGUCCGACAAUUCCAAUGGUAUCCACAAAUGCAAUCCAAUAAUCCUCCUUCCUGUUGCUUUUUGGGUGUGAGUCGGGACCAACCAGUGCAUCUAUAUGAUGCAUAUACGGGACAAAUUCGAGCCACCUAUCGACCCUACAACCUGCUCGACGAAUUGGAUUCUCCGGCGGCAUUUUGUUUUUUGAAAGGGGGCCAACAUUUUGUCACGGGAGGCUUUAAACGAGAACGCGCCCUCCAAAUAUUUGAUGUUGCCCGACCGGGUCGGGAUCCUUUGGUGAGCCUCCAAUUGGGCAAGACCCGCAAGUCGAGUGAUGGUCAAAAGGGACUCGUGUCGAGUCUCCAAUAUUCGGAUUACCACAAUAUCAUUGCGUGCGGAACCUAUUCUCCUGGUUCCAUCUAUUUAUAUGAUGCCCGAGCCCAAAGCACUCCCAUUCAGCAAAUUAUCAUUACUGGAAAUUGCGUCGUGGGCCAUGGCAAGUCGCAUUCUCGCAAACGCAAACAUUUUAAUCAUUUUGAUGAAGAAGGAGGAGGAGAGGUCAACUUCUCCUCGGCCAAAAUCAAGUGGUUUCAAAGUCGGGCCAUUACCGGUGUGACGCAAUUGGAGUUUGCGGACGAUGGUACCUCGUUGUUUAGUCUCAGUCGACGGUCCAAUGCAGUGAUUCAAUGGGAUUUGCGCAAGCUUACAACCUCCAGUCAUUGUCCCGCUCUCAAGAGUUAUGAAACGGACAAUGAUACCAACCAACGAUUGGAAUUCGCCCUACAUCAAAAUCAUUUGUUUGUGGGUGGAAGAGACAAUUGUCUUCGCGUUUAUGACUGCUGUGACUCGUCGUCAUCAAGUGAAAAAGAAGACGUGGCCGUGUACCAAACCUUUGACAAUUCCGUCAAUGGGAUUUCGAUUACCAACUUGGGAGAAAAGACCAUUCUAGCAUCUGCCACGGGAUCCAGAUCCUUUCCCACAGAGGCCGACUAUGAUGAUGACGACGACGAUGGUGAAGGGCAGACGAAACUAUCCGCAUCGGCGGCUGCUUCGAGUACAUUGAGCAUUCACGAGCUACCAAACUUUCUAGACGCACCUGCCAUUGCAAAGGAUGGUGAUGAUGAGCAAGCAUAG